GCGGUGCGUUUUGGGCUUUCUUUUGAAUUAUCAUAUUAUCCUUUUGUACUCCUAUGAAUAUAAAGUAGAUUUUUUGAGGGUAAAUGGGACGAGGGUUAAUCGGCAACCACCAUAAGAGAAAACAAGGUGGUUCUUUUAGGAUCAAGGGGUUUUUUGGAGUAGAGUGGGCUUGGAUGUACUGGGGACUUCUAUUGGAGUGUGGUUUAAGUGAUUUAGGCUAUUCAAAUCUCUUUGUCUCCGCUGGCAAAAUCCCUAACAAAGUUAACGGAAUCGCCAUUUGGGGAGGCGAUAUCGAUGUCAAGCCUGAUAAUUGCCUUAGAUGUAUCAAUAAUGCUGCAAAUGAGCUUAGAGGUACUUUUCUCACAAAGAAAGCGGUUCAAUAUUAUGGCAACUGCAUGUUGCGGUACUCAGAUAAAUCUAUCCUUGGCCUUUGGGACAGUGCUAAUGGCUUUUUCCGAUUAGGAGAAGGGGGUCUAGCUAAGAAUGUUAAAGCUGUCAGUGACGCCCAGACGAUUCUGUUGGAAAGCCUGAGAAGCAAGGCAGAGAAGGGGGUUCUUUUAGGAAGUUUGCAACAGGGACGAGAAUGGCUCCUCUAUCAGACUCCAUUUAUGCACUUGUACAGUGCACUCUUGAUUUGUGCCAGCUUCAGUGCAGUUCUUGCUUGUCUCAGGCUUUUAAAAGAAUUCCGAAAUGUUGUGAGGGCCGGAGAGGUGGUAAAGUAUUUGGGCCUAGUUUUACUGUUCGGUUCGAUGACUCUGUGUUCCACAAUGCUUCUGCCGAUGUACCGUCUUCGUCCCCACCCCACAGCCGCCCCCUUCUCCACCCUCAAAUUCAGUUAAUAGCUCAGUUAUCUAGACUGAUUCUGUCACUAAUAUUAACUAAAACUAACUUAAUAACUUUUCAGCCAAAACAUUCGUUUUGUUUGAUCGUUUCCAUUUUCCCUCUAGAUAGUCUGCUUCUUCUGUCUCGUCCUUACUAUUAAGGAACUGGAAUUUCCGUGUUGUUUCCAUUACCUUUCUUAAUCAAUGAGUUAUAAUAGA